AUGAUCAACUUAAUUGAAUUAAUCGUAGGAACUUGUAUGGUAAUUGUUAUUUGGCGUGAAAUUUUAGAACCGUUACUCUGGGCCUUAUUGAGAAUUACAGCAACUUUCCGUCGAAUUCUUAAUUAUAAAAGCGAACCUAGCGAUCCUGCGAUACGUUUUUUUGUGUCACCACAUAUUUCACCUGAGGAUUUUAAUCGACUGUCCGUUAAAGAGCAGGAAGAAAUAAUUGACGAUUUUACUAAAGAUUUCCAUAGAAAAUUUCAGAAGAAAUUCAACGUAAUUAUUUGUGAUAUUGUUCAAAAUAUUUGGUUUACUGGUUUAUUCAUCAUAGAUUUCUUUUGCAUUUUAGGAGAAAUUCAGGAGGGUACAUUAACUGAUGAAAUGAUGUUCGAGAACGGUAAACACUUUGAACCUUGUGAAUUUUGUUCUCCCCAAGAUUGCGAUUGCACUUAUGAACAAUAUCAAUUAAAGAUGGAAAUGAUGAAAAGGAUGGAAAAAGAGAAUAAGUGA